AUGGACUUGCAAGACGUACAAAGCUGGCUCAAUGAUAUCUUGAUGGAAGCGUCCAUCCAUUUUCAUAAAGUCCCCGGCUCCGCGAUAUUCCUACGAUAUGUCAAGUCAAGUUACCAGAACGACCCCGAGGUUGACGAGCUAAUUGACGAAUGGACCCCGGAACCUCUUGUAGCACCUCUUACCUUAUUCGAAGAAGCAGAGAAUGAAAAGAGGCCUGUGAUUGUUGGACCCACAGGUCCGAAAUCAAAACUUUCAAAUGGCCGUACGGUCACAAAUCUUGCUUCCUACAACUUUUACAAUCUCAUCAGCAAUGAGACCUUGAAAGAGAAAGCCAUUCAAGUCCUUCGCACCUACGGAGUUGGUCCUUGCAGCCCUCCAGGAUUUUACGGCACACAAGAUGUACAUAUCAAGACCGAAGCAGAUAUAGCAGCACAUUUGGGCACACCAGCAUGCAUAGUCUACGCCCAGGCCUUCUCCACAAUCUCGAGCGUCAUAUCAGCAUUUUCGAAACGAGGCGAUAUCAUCGUCGCGGACAGAGCCGUCAAUUAUGCCAUUCGAAAGGGUAUUCAGAUAUCGCGGAGCACAAUUCGGUGGUAUGAACACAAUGAUAUGCAUGACCUGCAGCGAGUGCUGGAAAAUGUUGUGACUGAGCAGGCGAAGAAGCCGCUGACCCGGCGAUUCAUUAUUACGGAGGGGCUUUUCGAAAAUAUAGGAGAUAUGAUUGACUUGCCCAAGAUCAUCGAGCUUGGCCGCCAGUACAAGUUCCGACUCAUUCUGGACGAGACCUGGUCUUUCGGCGUCUUGGGUAGGACUGGUCGAGGCAUCACCGAGCACCAAAACGUCGACGCUGCGGAAGUUGACAUGAUCGUUGGCUCUUUGGCGGGACCACUAUGUGCUGGUGGCGGCUUCUGCGCAGGCUCAGAUGCUAUCGUGGAGCAUCAGCGGAUCUCAGCAUCUGCGUACACGUUCUCGGCUGCCCUCCCAGCAAUGCUUGCUACCACUGCAAGCGAAGUCUUGUCAAUGCUGCAGACGAACCCGGAGAUGUUGACUACAGUCAGGGAGAACAUCAAGACCAUGUGGGCGCAGCUGGAUCCUAGGAGUGAUUGGGUACAUUGUACAAGCUCUGCUGAGAAUCCAAUCAUAGUCCUGACGUUGAAGGCGGACUUGAUUGCCAGCAAGAAACUGAGGAUAGCAGAUCAGGAGCAGCUCUUGCAGGAAGUUGUCGAUGAAACGUUGGCAAACGGGGUACUGAUAACGAGGCUAAAGAGUAUGCCGCGAGCAAUCAAUGCAACGACCAAGGACAUCGGAUGGGAGCUUCAGCCGGCACUGAAGGUCUGCGUUACGUCUGGACUCUCGAAAAAGGAGAUUGAGCGGGCUGGGAUUACCAUUAGACACGCAGUCACUAAAAUUGUCAAUAAACGGCGAUAA